GCGGAGCCGAAAUCGAGCGGACGAUUUGCGCGGAAGAAUACAUUUAAUUAAAUCAGCACCAGAUAAGAAAAAUGGCGAGCAAAGCCACUAUCGUGCUCCUACUAACGGGACACCUUCUGGUUGCCCAUACCUUCGCACAACAGCAAGAUAAUACCUGGCAAACACGUACAGUCAAUGUACAACGCGAUCGUGGCUUGCGCACCCAGCCAGGCAACUCCAACUGGGGACAACAGGCCAACCAACAACCUCCGAACAAUGUGCAGGAGGUGCCCCUUAAUCAGCAAGCGACGACCACCCCCCCACCCAAUCGUCCGCCACCCUCGUACAGCUACAUGGACCGCUUCAGCGCCAAGCUCUUCCAGAAAAUAGUGAGGCAGCCUUGGCAGGGCAACAUCGUCUUCUCACCCUUCUCCGUCCACGCCCUGCUGGGCAUGAUCUAUGCGGCAUCUUCUGGGGACACUAUGCGCGAAGUGCAGCAGGUCGGCGAGUUCGGCGAGAGCCAGAUGGAUGUGGCCCAGGACUUCGAGCGGCUUUACAAAUUUAAGGAUCAUCUGCAGGGUGCCGAUCUGACAAUGGCGCUGAGGGUCUUCUACAACCAGCGGCUGAGCGGCAUCAAUCCCAGCUACGAUGCGUUCGCUAAGUUCUACUACGACGCCGGCACAGAGCCCGUGAACAUGGAUAACGUCCUGGAUACGGCUUCCAAGAUCAACGCCUGGGUAGCGGACAGCACUCAGAACAAGAUCCAGAACUUGGUCCGUGCCAAUGAUAUUAAUUCCCAGAUGCAGGCCCUGUUGGUGAACGCCGCGUAUUUCAAGGGCCGCUGGGAGAACGAGUUCUCCACCAGAAACACACAGCCCGCCGAAUUCAGCCACACCGACGGUACAGUUUCCCAGGUGGCCAUGAUGUUCAACGACGAUGUCUUCGGCCUGGCCGAUCUGCCCGAGCUGAACGCCACCGCCCUGGAACUGUCCUACAAGAACAGUGCCACCAGCAUGCUGAUCCUGUUGCCCAAUAGGAUCAAUGGACUGGCCGACCUUGAGCAAAAGUUGGCCCAGCCGCAGUUCGAUCUCAACCAGCUCGCCCACCGCCUUCGCCGCCAGAGGGUGGCAGUGGGCCUGCCCAAGUUCCGGAUCCAGUUCAAUCAGGACAUGACCGAACCCCUGAAGGAUCUGGGCCUCCGCCAGAUGUUCACUCCCAACUCGCAGGUGAACAAGUUGCUGGAUGAGCCGGUGCGCGUGGACAAGAUCCUGCAGAAGGCCUACAUCGAUGUGGACGAGAGCGGAACCGAGGCCCCGCCUUCCGAUGCCGGGUCGCUGCCAGUCAGGUCGCCGGACUUUGUCGUCGACCGGCCGUUCGUCUUUGCCAUCCGCGCCCCCAGCUCAGUGCUCCUUGUGGGUCACGUGGAGAAGCCCUUGCCGAUGACCGCCAGAAUCGACCCAGCUAUUGCCUACUACGGGCGUAUCCUGCUACUAUUAAUGGGACACCUUCUGGUUGCCCAGACCAUCGCGCAGGCCAACUUUGAUCGUAGGCAAUCCCAAAACAACAGUCGACAACUAUCGCCUUCCUUCAGCUACAUGGACCGAUUCAGCGGCAAACUCUUCCAGAAAAUCGCGAAGUCGAACCCGGGAAACGUUGUCAUCUCUCCCUUCUCCGUCCACGCCCUGCUGGGCAUGAUCCUUGCGGCAUCUGUUGGGGAGACUAGGCGCGAGCUGAAACACGUCGGGGAGUUUGGCCCUAGUCAGUUUCAUGUAGCCCGGAACUUCCGGCGGCUGCUCAAAUUCAAGGAUCAUCUGCAGGGUGUCGAGUUGACGACAGCGAUGAGGGUCUAUUACAACCAGCGACUGGGGGGCAUCAAUCCCAGAUUUGAGGAGUUCGCCAAGAUCUACUACACCGCCGGUACGGAGCCCGUGGACAUGGAUAACGGCGGGGUCACGGCCACCAAGAUCAACGCCUGGGUGGCGAACAGCACCCGGAACAAGAUCCAGAACUUGAUCUCGCCCGGCAGCAUUACAUCUAAUCUGGGGGCUAUACUGGUGAACGCCGUGUAUUUUAAGGGCCGCUGGGAGCACGAUUUCUCCACUAAGAACACGCACCCCGACGAAUUCCGCCACACUGACGGUAGAACUUCCGAGGUGGUCAUGAUGUACAGCAAUGAUGUCUACGGCCUGGCCGAUCUGCCCGAGCUGGACGCCACCGCCCUGGAACUGGCCUACAAGGACAGUGAAACCAGCAUGCUGAUCCUGCUGCCCAAUCGGCACGAUGGAUUGGCCGACCUUGAGCAAAAGUUGGCCCUACCGGAGUUCGAUCUCAACCGGAUUGCCCCCCGCCUGCGACGCCAGAAGGUUGAAGUGAACUUGCCGAAGUUCCGGAUCGAGUUCGAGCAGGACUUGAUCAAACCCCUAAAGGAGCUGGGCCUCCGCCAGAUGUUCUCGCCACGCCCGCAAGUGAUCAACUUGCUCAAUCAGCCAGUGCGCGUUGACCAGAUCAAGCAGAAGGCCUACAUCGAUGUUGGCGAGGGGGGAACCGAGGCCGCGGCAGCAUCCUAUGCGACGGUGAAUCGUAGAAUGAUUUCUAACAACCCCAUAUUCGUCGCCAACCGGCCGUUCGUUUUUGCCAUCCGCACUCCCAGCUCAGUGCUCUUCGUGGGUCACGUGGAGGAUCCAGGUCUGAAAUAAAUAAUAAGCUAUGUCUACAAUCGACAAUAGAGGGCUUUACUUCCGAAAGGAACCAAUAAAGUUGUUUCAGAAUUAAUAAA